AGAGUGAAAACAAGGUGGGUGGGGUUGGCCUCGUAUUCUUACGUCCUCUCAUUCGGCUCAUGAGACAAACUUAACAAACAAUCCCCAAUUCAUUCUUCAUUAUGCAUUAAUUUAACGCUGCUGCUUCUUCUUCCUUCAUAAGGUCAUACAAAGUUGAUUGAUUCAUCUGGAAACCUUCCGCCAGAGCUAUGUCUUCGUCUAUUCCAUCUUCCUCGAUGCAGGCUGCAUCAAUCAAUUCCAAUAUCAGAAGUGUUGGACACAUGUUUUCAACCCCUUCUGAACAGCCUGAUAACGUCCAUUUUUCCUCUGCUUCAGAAAUACAUUCUAUGACAUUCCCUCAAGAAAGUGAUGUUAUGUCCUGGGGAACUGAUCCAUUUGAAGAUAUUCUUCAAUUUCAUGAUAAUGUUCCCACCCAGAAUGACCAUGUGGAAUACAAUGGUUCUGAAGUCUUGGGUGGAAAUGCCAAAACAACGGAUUUCAAGGAGUGGGUUGAUCAGUUGAUGUCAGUCGAUGAUGAUUCUAUUCAGCCUAAUUGGAAUGAACUUCUCGGCGACAAUAAUAUGGCAGAACCAAAAUCACAGGAUGCACAAAUGUCCCCUUCUCUCUUGAUGCAAGAGACUCAGGUUUCACAGCAGCAGUAUAUACCAUCACUACCAUCUAAAGAAGUUAAUGAUCUUCCCAAUUCUUCUGUGUCGACUACAUCGCAAUCUAAGCCUAGAAUGCGUUGGACUCCAGAACUUCAUGAGGCCUUUGUGGAAGCAGUCAAUCAGCUUGGUGGUAGCGAGAAGGCUACUCCAAAGGGUGUCUUGAACUUGAUGAAAGUUGAGGGCCUUACCAUCUAUCAUGUGAAAAGCCAUCUGCAGAAAUAUAGAACUGCCAGAUACAAACCAGAAUCAUCAGAAGGAAUUCCAGAGAAGAAGUUGACUUCAAUCGACGAAAUGCCGUCUAUAGACUUAAAAACGCCUAAGGGGAUUACAGAAGCAUUGCGGCUGCAGAUGGAACUCCAGAAGCGGCUUCAUGAACAACUUGAGAUUCAAAGAAAUUUACAGAUUCAGAUUGAGAACCAAGGGAAGCAUCUACAGAUGAUGUUUGAGCAACAGAUGAAGUCGGAUGAGCCUUCUGCUCCACUAUCAAGUGCCGCGGUACCUUCUCCAGUUGAAAAUUUAGAAAACACAAAUGAAGGUCACGAAAAAAUUGGAAUCAAUGGCAGCGCUUCAGAGAACAUGCCUGAAGGAAGUUCCCAGAAUACAAGCACAGAGCAAAAGGGAGAUGAUGCUAAAGCUACCGGUGAACUUGAGCUGGGAGAAGACCAACUUACCGCACCACCCACAAAACGAGUGAAGACUGACAAGUAGAGUAAAGAAGAAGAAUUUCCAACCCUGUGAAGGCAUCUAGUGUUUCUGCUUCGACAUACAACAUGCUGGAAUUUCCCUUUCUGUUUUUGACUUUGACUUCCUUAAUCAGUGAUUUGGUUUCACAGUAUCUAUUUCUUGUCCUUAAUUUAGGGUAUACUUUGCAUUGGAAAACUUCACUCCAGAUAUUUUUUGUAUAUUUAUGGAAUGUUUGGAUGGAGCUUCUAGAAGUAUUGUUGGAUCGUGGGAUGUUUCAACUGUAUUAUUAUUAGGUUUUAUAAGUUAUGGGAGUUGCUAAUUGCAUUCCCGAUUUUCCCAUAA